AGUAAAUAUGUCCUCCCUAAUGUUCAUACUCACGACGUCUCUUCUGGUGCUAUGCAUCACUUUCACGGUGGCCGGAGGUCGACCUCCGGUGAGGAAAGACCUCGGUAUUGAUCUUGGCGGCGGCGGUGGUGGUGUAGGUCUUGGGCUUGGCCUUGGUCUUGGUUUGGGUGGCAAUGGUGGUACAUCAACAUCUGGCUCAACUUGUAAUUCAUGUUCAUCUAACUUGGGUUCGGGGUCGGGGUCAAGUUCAGGUUCUGGUUCGGGUUCAGGUUUAGGUAAUGCUAAAGGUUUUGGAUCCGGUUCAGGCUCUGGUGAUGGCAAUGGAGUAGGUUUAGGGUGCACACCUCCUAGUGCCUCCUCUUGCGGUGGUGCUUGUUCAUCAAACUCUGGUGGCGGCUCUGGUCGUGGCUCAGGUCAUGGCCAGGGAUUUGGUUCUGGUUCAGGACAUGGUGAAGGUUAUGGGUCUGGAUCCGGAUUUGGUUCUGGUUCUGGGCAUGGUGAAGGAUAUGGGUCUGGAUCUGGAUUUGGGUCUGGUUCAGGACAUGGUGAAGGAUAUGGUUCUGGAUCCGGAUUUGGUUCUGGUUCAGGACAUGAUGAAGGAUUUGGGUCUGGAUCUGGUUUUGGGUCUGGCUCGGGACAUGGUGAAGGAUUUGGGUCUGGAUCUGGUUUUGGGUUUGGCUCGGGACAUGGUGAAGGAUACGGGUCUGGAUCUGGGUUUGGGUCUGGCUCGGGACAUGGUAAAGGAUAUGGGUCUGGAUCCGGGUUUGGGUCUGGUUCAGGUUCCGGCUCAGGUUAUGGUGAAGGUUUUGGGUCCGGAUCAAAUGGGGGACAUGAUUAAAUAAUAAUCAUUUAAGUGAGAAUAAUCUUGAUGCGAAUCUUUGUUUUCAUGUUU